AGAGGGCCACCCGCGAGCCAUUGCGGCGCCCUGCGCAGCCCCGGCCAGCCUCGCCUCUCCGAAGCCCAACCGAGCGCUGCCCUUCUCCGCCGCUGCCCGCCCAGGCCCGAGAGCAGGGCGAGAGGCUCCCGCAGCAUCGCCCCGGGCCAAAGUUUGGGCUGGAUGCCAGGGCGGGCGAAGCGCCGCUGAGGAAAAGUCCCGAGCCAAGUUGCCGGCGGGGGGCGCAGGGCAGAAGCCCCGGGGCGCCUCGGCCCGUUGCCCGCCAGGGGCCGAUGAGAGCCCCGCCUGGCUCGGCGGCGGUGCCCGGUCCUGGUGGCUCCCUCCCGAGACCCUUCUGAGCCUCCUGCCUGCCUCCCUCCCUCCCUUUCUUCCUUCCUCCCUUCCUUCCUUCUCCUCCUCCGGCGCGCCAUGGAGUUCUCGGCCAGGAAGCGCAGCAGGAAAUCGCAGAGCUUCAAACUCAUCCAUCCAGAUUAUCCCCCAGAGGUUUACAAGGUCUCCGACUACAGCAACGAUGUGAACGGGAAUGCCAAAGAAGCACCACCACUUUAUCUAGGCGACGAAAGUCAGGAGAUUAAAAAACAGAUCACGGGGAUGAGAAGGUUGCUGAACGACAGCGCGGGGCGGAUCUACCAGCGAAUGGGGAAAGAAGGAGAAAAGCUGAAGGAAGAAGCCCAGGAGUUGGACCUGGGAUGGACUCCCCGCCUGAAUCCCCCCGCGGACACCUCCGGACACGUCCAGCCGUUGGCGAGCGGGGCCUGGAACGAAUUGCCUCCCCAGGCCGGACCCUAUUCAGGGCAGUACGGCACCCGCUCCAAAACCUCCUUCCAGAACCAGGCCAGGAGCCUGGGCGCAAACGGAGAAAUCCCGGCGGCCAAUGCUGCCUCCUCCUCCUCCUCUUCCGGAGCGAAUUGUUGCACGUGCAAUUGUCAACCUGCUCUGCAGGCCAUUCUUCAGGAGCUGAAGACCAUGAGGAAGAUCAUGCAGAUCCAAGCCGCUGCCCAGAGCCGACCACAGCCGCCGGUUCCUCCGGCUACCUUGCAGAAACCCACGGUCUCAAGAAAGAGGAAUAAAAAGAAAAAAGCCGCCCCAAAGACUGUUGAGCCCCUGACCGUGAAACAGAAACCGGGCACUGUGGAGGACGACAGAAAGUCACUUGCGAAUUCGGGCAGGUUGAGCGUGGAAGGGGCCGAAUCCGCCUUGAAAACGGAGCCGCCGGUUUCAGGAUUCGGCAUCGUGCUCGAAUCUUCGUCUUCGGAUCCAGAAGUUCAGCUUGCUGAAGGUUUUGACGUUUUUAUGCCUAAAUCACAACUGGACUCUAUCUUAGCAAAUUACACUCGCUCAGGAAGUCUCCUCUUUCGAAAACUGGUGUGCGCGUUUUUUGACGACAAGACGUUGGCCAACUCUCUGCCGAAUGGCAAAAGGAAAAGGGGCCUCAAUGACAACCGGAAAGGAUUAGACCAAAAUAUUGUGGGUGCAAUAAAAGUGUUCACAGAAAAAUACUGUACUGUAAACCACGUGGAUAAACUCCCUGGCCCCAGGGACUGGGUCCAGAUUCUGCAGGAUCAGAUCAAGCUGGCCAGAAGGCGGUUGAAAAGAGGAUCGGCAGAAACGGCUGAUGGUGAUGAGAAAGUGGACAUUUCUCUGCUAGAGGCAGGUACCCUCCUUGAAGCCACACCUUCUGCGCCAGUGUUUCAUUAGCAUAUUCAAACCUUGGUUUGAGAUGAUGCCAGCAACCUUUCUAGAUUACUUCACUAUCCGCGCUCUCCUGUUUCACGAUCUCCGAUCAAUUUUUUUUUCAUGCUUUUCUAACGUGGAUAAUAAUUAAGCGACAAAUCACUUUUCCUUUGGAUUUAAUCGAUAACUAGAUUUGUUCGUAGAGAGGCUCUAGUGCAAUUAGUCUGGUAACCAAUGUGAUAGGAUGAAUUUUGAUUUUAUGAUGGCAUUUUCCCAUAUAAAUACAUGCGUGGUGGUGAUUCUAGAAAAAAAGAGAAAUUAAAGUCUCCUCUUAAUCUUACAAAGAGCUCCUAACCUCCAUUUCGUAUAGAGUUUUUGGUGCCAAAGUCAUGGGAUCAAAAAUAAAAUUUCUAAGACAUUUAAGGAGUCUUAAUUUAAUGAGUUUCUGAGUUGAGUCUUUCCAUCCAUCCCCACAAAGCAAAUUUCUACUUGACUAAAAUCAUUAUUUUUUUCAGAAGCAGAAUUGCUCUCAUUAUAUUUGACCAUAAGAUAUUAAUUAAUAUUUCUUGCGAUGUCACAUUUAAUCCUGAUCAAAUACUCCUUGGAUGCGCACAGGAGUAACAAUUAAUGUAUUUUAUUCCCUCAUUGAUGAACUAAGAACCAUCAACUCUGUGUGCUUAGAUUCCAUUCUCCUUUGUUUUGCUACUUUAUGGGGAUUAGGAAUUGUGAGAACCUUUUGGAAGAUACAACUUUGAGAAGAUUCCUUACACAUUUCCUCUCCUUUUUCCAUCCCUUCAGAGCUAAAAAGAUAUUUGGGGGUUUGUGCUAAUAUUUCUCUU